AUGCCGAAGGAUACUAAAGGCAAAGCCGCCAUACUAGGCGCAGAGGCCUCAGAUUCGCCCAAGCGAACCAAUACCAAACCGUACCAGAAGCGAUCGGCCCCUUCCACCUCCAACGGCGCCUCCUCAUCCAAGCCAAAGUCUCAAGCACCGAACAAGAAGCAGCUCUUCGAAAAGUCCGCAUCCUCAGGCCCGUCCUCAGGCCUCCCGGGUGCAUCCAAGAUCAAGUCGUCCAUCCGUCAAACAAAACGUCUGCUCGCCAAACCCAACCUUGCACCCGGCACCAAGAUCGAGGCGGAGCGUCGACUCAAGUCUCUCGAGGCCGAUCUCGAGGUGGCAUCGCACAAGCAAGUAGAAAAGUCGCGAGCGACGCGGUAUCACCGGAUCAAGUUUGUCGAGAGACAAAAGCUGGUGCGCCGCAUCGCGAGGUGCAAGCGCAACUUGGCCCGGCUGGAGAGCGGCAAAGCGGCGCAGGAGUCGGACUCGGAAGGCGAGGGGAGCGACGAUGACGAGGGGUACAAGAGUCAGAGGGUCAAGGAGUCCAAGAUGUCCAAGGGAGAGCUGGAGAAGCUGCUCAAGUCGCUGAGAGAGCUGCUGCAGUACGUGGUGCAAUAUCCGGCGGAGCUGAGGUAUGUUGCGUUGUUCCCAAAUGCGGAUGAGGGACCGGUGGUGCCAGAUGCAAAGGAGAAGGACAAGAGCAGGCAGAGUGCGUAUCAGCACUUGCAGAGGGUCAGGAAGGCAAUGAAGGGGGGCGAGAUUAGCAACGAGCCGGAGGUGGAGCUGAACAGUAAGGAUCUGUCGUUGAAGAAAUUGGCGAAUGGUAGCACGACCAAGCCAGCCGAGACAGGCGGCACGCAGAAGACGGACAAGAAGUCGGGCAAGGGCGGCAAGAACAAGCGCAAACACGAAGAGGAUGACGAGCGAGUGGACAGCGACGAAGAGUUGACGCAGGCAGGAGGUGUCAAGGGCGAUGAUUUCUUUGCUCAAGACUCGGACGAUGAAGAGUAG